UUGUUUUACAUCUAAAUAUAAAUUAUUACUCGAUGAAAAUACGAAUUGCUACUGCAUUGAUGGUUUGCGUAUUCUGUCUUUUUCUGUUGCACAUUAUUUAAUUUCAUAAACUGAAUAUUACUAAGAUUAAUCAAGGUAUAAACAACAAAAAUGUCGUGAUAGUUAGCCGCUGACAGUCUGAUUAUAAAAACUGACUGUUAAAGCUUUGGUAACUAACAGCCACGGUGCGGUUGCAGAAAUACCAGUAAAACUUUUAUCCGCGGGAUUAAAUAGAAAUCUAACAGCAGCAUUUCCGGGUCUUCCCAGCGGUUAUAGUGGAGCGGGACGCCGGUAUAAGGGGAGUUGAGAGUGGAGCGGUGUCGGUGAACCUGCCCGGGCUAGUGGAGAGCAGCAUGGCUGCGGGAAAGGGAGCGGGGAAGCCGGUCUCGUUGUGGGACAAUAUGCGGAUACGCUUCAUCGUUUGCUUUCUUGGAGUCUUCGUGUGUUAUUUUUAUUACGGAAUACUGCAGGAAACAAUCACCCGAGGUAACUACAGUGGGGAGAAGUUUACUUUUGCACAGACUUUGGUCUUUAUCCAGUGCAUCAUCAAUGGUAUUUUUGCAAAGCUGUUGAUCCAGUGUUUUGAAAGCUCCAAAGUGGAUCACACCAAGAGCUGGCUCUAUGGCCUGUGUUCCCUCUCCUAUCUUGGAGCAAUGGUUUCCAGUAACUCUGCCCUUCAGUAUGUCAACUACCCCACACAGGUGUUGGGGAAAUCCUGCAAGCCCAUCCCAGUGAUGAUCCUCGGUGUAACAAUACUAAGGAAGAGAUAUUCACUGGCGAAGUACCUUUGUGUGCUGCUGAUUGUUGGUGGUGUAGCUUUGUUUCUCUACAAACCCAACAAGGCCUCUGCUGUUGCAGAUGACCACAUUUUUGGCUUCGGAGAGAUUCUUCUUUUGGUGUCUUUGACAUUGGAUGGACUCACAGGUGUUGCCCAGGACCACAUGAGGGGGCGCUUCCAGGCUAGUGCCAACCACAUGAUGCUGAACAUCAACAUGUGGUCCACCCUGAUACUGGGACUGGUCGUCUUGUGGACAGGAGAAGUGUGGAGUUUCCUGAGUUUUGCAGAACGUCACCCCAGCAUAUUCUACAAUAUUCUUCUGUUUGGACUGACGAGUGCUUUAGGCCAGACUUUUAUCUUCAUGACUGUGGUGUACUUUGGGCCUCUGACCUGCUCCAUCGUCACCACCACAAGGAAGUUCUUCACCAUCCUUGGUUCCGUUAUUUUAUUUGGAAACGUCAUGACUUAUAUGCAGUGGAGUGGCACCAUCCUAGUGUUCCUCGGUCUUGGAUUGGAUGCUAAAUUUGGCAAAUCUCCCAAGAAGCACUAAAGUACCUGAAGCAUAAAAGAGCAGCAAGGAAAGCAUAAAAGGAAAUGAAAACGGACUGUAACCAGUGUAAUAUUUUCAGAUAUCUUAUACAGAAGUAACUGUAUGUGCUGUUUUAAAUAUGGUCGGAUAUUUAAAUGAGUCGUCAUAGUUUGCAGCUCUUCAUAAAUUCAAGAGACAUGUCCUGUGAUGGAUGCAGCCCAGAAUCAAUUAUGAUAAGCUGCAACGUCUAAAAAAUAUGUGCUCAGAUGGACAAAGAAAAUGAAACCAGCUAACUCUUGUUAAAUACAUGCUGAACUCAAUUAGGCCUCAGAAAUACAUUUCCAGCAUUGAACCAUACAUUGGCAACAUUUUGCUUUACAGAUUAAGGCUUGAAUAUGUGUAUAUAUCAAAAGAAGUUUACUUCUUGGAAAACAUCCAAAUAUUCAAAAAAAAAAAAACCUCGUAUGUAGCUUGAUGUUGUGUAAAAUAUAACUGUUAAAGUUUUUGUUUUAUACAAGAUGAAAAUAACUCACCAUAAAAGGGAAAUUGUUUUAA